UGUCUUGCUUUCUAUAUGGGUAAAGAGCGUUGCAUAGCUAAAUCCUUGCAUUUGAGAGAUGAGGCGUGUAGCUGUAAAAGCUUGGUACUUCAUCAGACUCAGGUGUAUAAUUCCAAAGAAACUUUUCUGAAAUGUGAGAUACGAAAACUGAAGAUUGAGCGGAGAUUUGUGUUUAAUAUGCGGUUCAUGCCGCUGGAACUGCUCUGGCAUUCUCUAGAUGAAUGGCUCGUUCUUAUAGCCACGGAGCUGAUGAAAAACAAAAGGGACUCUUCUAACAUUACUUCUAUAUUACUGAAGCAAAAAGGACCAGAUCACCAGGAUGCCACUCCUACGCCUGCCUUUGCUGCUGCAAGAACCGAGGGCAGAAAAGAGUUAUCCACUGACACUGGCGAGUCAAAAACAUACGAUGUUGCCGGGAAGCAGGAAGCUUGUGCUGAUUGCCAGGAUGUUAUCUCCAUGACAGCGAACAGGCUAAGUGCUGUCAUUCAAGCCUUUUAUAUGUGCUGCUCCUGUCAGAUGCCUCAGGGGAUGACAUCGCCUCGUUUUAUAGAAUUUGUCUGUAAACACGAUGAUGUCCUUAAGUGUUUUGUUAACCGAAAUCCCAAAAUAAUUUUUGAUCACUUUCAUUUUCUUCUUGAGUGUCCUGAACUAAUGUCCAGAUUUAUGCACAUCAUAAAAGCUCAGCCAUUUAAAGAUCGCUGUGAAUGGUUCUAUGAACAUCUGCAUGCUGGGCAGCCAGAUUCGGACAUGGUGCACAGGCCUGUCAAUGAAAAUGACAUCCUUUUGGUUCACAGAGAUUCUAUUUUUAGGAGUAGCUGUGAAGUUGUGUCUAAAGCAAAUUGUGCAAAACUAAAGCAGGGGAUUGCUGUGAGAUUUCAUGGAGAGGAAGGCAUGGGACAGGGUGUGGUGCGUGAGUGGUUUGAUAUCCUAUCCAGUGAAAUAGUUAACCCAGAUUACGCUUUAUUUACCCAGUCAGCUGAUGGAACAACUUUCCAGCCCAACAGCAACUCUUCUGUAAAUCCAGAUCAUUUGAACUACUUCCGUUUCGCAGGCCAGAUCUUGGGGCUAGCUCUGAAUCACAGGCAGUUGGUGAACAUUUACUUCACGAGGUCAUUCUACAAACAUAUUCUUGGUAUACCUGUAAAUUAUCAGGAUGUAGCAUCUAUUGAUCCAGAGUAUGCAAAGAACUUGCAGUGGAUUUUAGAUAAUGAUAUCAGUGAUCUGGGUUUGGAGCUGACCUUCUCUGUUGAGACUGAUGUGUUUGGAGCAAUGGAAGAAGUGCCACUGAAGCCAGGGGGUGCAAGUAUACUUGUUACACAGGAAAACAAGGCUGAGUAUGUCCAGCUUGUCACAGAGCUUAGAAUGACAAGAGCCAUUCAGCCUCAGAUAAAUGCCUUUUUACAAGGCUUCCAUAUGUUCAUUCCACCAUCUUUGAUCCAGCUUUUUGAUGAAUAUGAACUGGAGCUUUUGUUGUCUGGUAUGCCAGAAAUUGAUGUGAAUGAUUGGUUAAAAAAUACAGAAUACACCAGUGGCUAUGAGAGAGGAGACCAAGUUAUACAGUGGUUUUGGGACGUUGUGGAAGAACUAACUCAGGAAGAGAGAGUAUUGCUGUUACAGUUUGUUACAGGCAGUUCCAGGGUGCCUCAUGGUGGCUUUGCCCAUAUAAUGGGUGGCAGUGGAUUGCAAAACUUUACAAUUGCUGCUGUGCCGUAUACUGCAAAUCUUUUACCAACAUCAAGCACAUGUAUCAACAUGCUCAAGUUACCUGAAUACCCAAGUAAAGAAAUACUUAAGGACAGGCUGCUUGUAGCAUUGCACUGUGGAAGCUAUGGUUACACAAUGGCAUAGUGAAGUCUAGAGGACUCAUCUGACUACUGAUGUGCAAUUCAAAGUGGCAGAAGUAAUUUUGGAAACUGUCAAUAGAAAAGCAGCUUAGAUGCUGCAGCCCAUUGGCAGGGCUGGGCUUCAGAACUCGUACAGGAUCAUCAGCUUUUCCUACAUUAUGUGUUGUCAAAGUAACUGAUACCGUCACGACAAACUUCUCAGUAUGCUGUAGUUUCAUUUUUUAAAAUGAUGGAUCUGAUGGAAAUCAGUUUACAUGCUUUUCAUUAUUACUUCAGUCUGAAUCAGAAAGUUUGUCAGAAUCUCUUUCCACAGUUUACUUCGGGUUUUCAACUAUAUGGUUGAAUGGCAUUUGCAUUUCAGUUUACUUUGCACUCAGAUGGCAUACUACUAAUGGACGGACUUGUACUUUAUGCCUUGUUGCAUGUGAAAGUGCUGUUUAUUUUUGCAGAGAACACUAUAGAAAGUUCAAUUUCGAUAUUGUACAGGAAGACAGAUCUGAUGUAUUUUCCAUUUCUUUGCAGAGUAACAGAAAUAAAAUUUUAUAACUUUUUAGUAUUUUAAUGUAUAUAGUAUGUAAAGGUAAGACUGUUAUCACUGGAAAAAUAACAGAUGAAGUUAAUAUCUAAUUUAUAUUAGAAUUUACACUAUAUUCUACUAAAUAUUUAAAGUAUUUGACUUUAUAGUCAACUUGCAGUUUAGAAUUUGUAAAUAUUAUUUAAGAUCUAUAUCCAUUUGUCUGAAUGCCUUUACUCUUUCCU